UUUUGGAAGCGUGUGGUACUCGUGAGCACUAACUUUGUACUGAAGUUAUAAUCCUUGUUUGAAGUUUUCCGGCGAGGACAUGAAAUCGUCAAAUAAAGACGAUGCUUCAUCUUCUGAGCAAAGUGAAGAGGAUGCCGCCGUUUUUAUUUAUGAUCGUAGAGCUGGCAGCAGGCCGGAGGAGAAGGUUCAGUUAGGCGGCAUAUUCAAUUUUAACACUUUUAAAGAAAAGACCCGAAUAGCUUUCAAUAUCCCAGAAAAUGAAACAUUUGUGAUAGUGACAACAAAUCGACAGGAAAUCCUGGAUGACAAGACUUAUGAAGAGUUGGUUGACGGUAAUGAAACCCUGUAUAUCUUGAAAUCGUCUGACCAAGAACUGAGUGCUCCAACUGAAGAGAGGGUGGAAUAUAUACCCCAUUAUGACACUUUGGUCAAGAGUGGCAUGUAUGAAUAUUAUGCCAGUGAAGGACAAAACCCUUUACCAUUUGCUUUUGCGGAACUUGUAGACAAUGCAAUGGCAGCUACUUCAGAAAACAAUGGAUCAAGGGAAAUUGAAAUAAGACUGAUGUUUGAUGAUUCUAUUGGAAAAGCUGUAGUGUGUGUCCUUGAUAAUGGAGCUGGCAUGACAUCAAAAGAACUCAACAACUGGGCCAUUUACAGGUUAUCAAAGUUCAAUCGCCAGACUGGAAAGAAGGUUGUAGGAGAUGUGCCAAGAUCUUUAAACAGUGACAUUUCAUACUUUGGUGUUGGUGGAAAACAAGCCAUAUUCUUUAUUGGAGAUGCCACAAGGAUGAUUACCAAAUCCAGAGACUGCAAUGAUAUCCAUGAACUUUGUAUUUCACAAGCUGAAUUUGAGAGAAGAGAAAAGAAGAAACAAUCCAUUUAUGGUGGUGCCAUUCUCAACAGGAGGGCUGGAGAUCACGCACACAUUCCAGAUGAUGAAGAAAGUGUUAAAAACCUGGUGGAGGAGGAGGGUAACAAGGAGAGCUUCACUGCUGUCGUUAUAACGGGAAUAGCACCAGAACAUAUUCUUUAUUUGAAGACACAUUUCAAACAAUGGUGUAGACAACUAGCGCACAUCUAUCACUACUACAUACAUGGUCCCCGUGGAAAUGAGAAGCCUGUUGGAAGAGGAACCACUGCAAGUCCUUUCAGGAAUAUUGAUAUACAGGUUAUCCUAUUUGAAAGAGGUAAACAGGCUAAGAGAAUGCACUUGAGAGACAUUGAUGAUGAUAUGCAGACUCAGUAUAUCAGGACAGCAGCUUCUGUGUUUGAGUUCCGUGCUCGUGCAGAAUCAGGGGGAGUGGUUGAAGGUGUGCUGCGCUAUCAUCCAUUUCUUUAUGACAGAGAAACUUACCCUACUCUUGAAGGAGAAAUUCCAGCUGUUGAGACUGCUGAAGAACUCCCUGAUCCAUUGGAAAAGGAUAGCAGAGCACCCAGAGGAAGCCGUCCAAUUUUUGAGUGUUACUGGAAUGGACGGCUCAUUCCAUACACUAGUAUCGAUGUUCUUGAAUGGUGCCAGCCUCCAAAGAAGUGGACAAUUCCCUUGGAAUGUUAUCACAGAUUUUCUGGUUGUUUGUGGACAAAUGAUGCAUUUCAAGUCAGCACAAACAAACUGACAUUUAUGGAUCUGGAAGUCAAAAUUAAAGACAAGAACACUAUCUUCAGCAGGGUCAUUUUGGGACAGGAGCAAAGAGUCAACAUUUCAAGAGCAUUUUAUGACUGGAUCAGAGAAUGUCAUGAAAAUCAUGACAAACAGGUUAAGUUCUUAGGGUUUCAAGGUCAAAUAAAACGUACCGACCUGCCACAGAAGCGAAACCAAAGUCCUUGGUGCAUUUUUAACUCUAUUGAAUGGGAUGGAAAGAUCUUCAAAGUAGGACAGCUGAUAAGGACACAAAGAACGCUACCUUUGAUAUGUGGAACAGUAAAGAGAUUCCUUCUUUUUGGUGAUCAUGAUGGAGAUGUUUUUGCUACUGGAGGAGAAAUGGAAAUAGUGCAGGAGCCAGUUUCUUUAUAUGGUGACACCAAGUUCUUCUCACUGGCCAAGCUGGAUCGAAUGCUGAACCCUGCCAUGAUCAAAAAGUUUAUUGAUGAUGAAGAGGCAAAGUUACCAAGUAAACUGGUUUUAGAGUGGCCGGAGAGUGACAAACUAGAACCUAACUCUAAGAUACCAGCUGGAACCACCAUAGGUGCUAUGAGGGUUGAUAUUCUCAGUGGCAAAGGAGAAUCAGUCAACAAACUUCCUGGUGACAGAAGAAGAUUGUUGGUUGAAUUAAAGGUUAUCUGGCAUGGUAAUGACAAAGAUGGUGAUAAAGUGAUAACCAACCAUGUCUGUCAACAUGGAGGAAAGAACUGGCCUUACUGGUUCAGAAAAAUGGAGAAUAUUACACACUUAGGUCCUCAUACUCUCCAACUUCAAGUGUUGUUGGGUGACACUUCAGCUGGUUCUUCAAUCAAGAGUCUUCCUUGUCACCGCAUCAAGUUCACUGUUACAGAGGCCCACCCAAAUAAAUUUACAGUUGGAAUGUUGGAGACGCCUCUCAGAGUUGGAGUGCCUUUCCAGAUUCCCCUCAAUUUGCUGGAUGAAUUUAACAACCCCUCAAAAUUAGCAGAGGAGAUGUCUCCCAUUUUAAAUGCAAGUGGUCUGGAACUUGCCCAUCAAGGAACAUCAGUGAAAGGAAACAGACUGAUUGUCAAGGGUGUAAUUGCUCUGGGCUCUGUUCCAUCACAUGCAGGCAAGGACUUCAAUCUAAAGAUUACCCUGCCAGGUCUUGAGGAAGGUUCACAGAGCUUGAAGAUUAGGUUACUACCAGGUCCUCCUGAAUCAUUAGUAGUUACCCCUGACAGUGAUGACAUCACAGUUGAAAACAACAGCUCACUUCAGUUACAAGUGCAAGUCCAAGAUAAAGCUGGCAACCUUACAGUUCAGCCCAGACUUAAUGUUGUCUGCAAGCUCACAGGCACACCAGGUCUACCAACAUACAUUGGAGACUGUAGCUCUUCAGGGAAAGUAACUUUAUCAGGUCCUGAUAUCAGUCUGAAGCAAAUCACCAAAAGCACAAAACUCAAAGCCAAGAUUGAACUACAGCAUCAAAAGGAAGUGCCUGCUUUGGAAAGGAAUGUUGUAGUGAUACCCAGCAGUAAAGCGGCAAAACUGGAAGUUUUUCACCAACCAGUGGUUGGCAGACAGAGGAAAAAAAUAGAAGAUGGACAGGAGUUGCCAUGUGUAGUAGGAUAUAUGUUGACUGGAUUAAGUUUUAGAAUUCUGGAUGAAGGCCAGAGAGAAGUUACCAUUGACUACUCAUUAGCAAGCAGGUUCAAGGUGAACUGGACCCCCAAAGUCUCCAAAGAUCUCAUCAAACAAGGAAUUCUUCCAGAUGUUAAGGCACCGUUUUCUUGUGAUGAACCAAAGUAUUGCCAAGUGAGCAUGACUGGUGGAGUAGGACUUGAAUUUUCUUUCACAAUUAAACCUUUGGCUGAUGUACCAAGCAUCCUCAAGUGCUCAUGUGACGAGCCACGCCUCAGAUUAGGAGAACCGUUAUCAUCUGAUAUAAUCCUGUCAGCAACUGACAAACAUGGCAACAAAACUGGCAAGUUACCAAACAGUGUGUUACCUGAGUUUCAUGUUUCUUCGGAUGGUUUAAAAGAAAGGGAUGUGCAAUUGGGAUUCAUUGCAGAUGGUAAUAUAGUAAUCAAGAACAUUCAGUUUGAAGAUGGCCCCCUUGGACACAGAGAAUUGUCCAUUACCUGGAAGGAAAUUAAAUGUUAUCAAAGAGUUGAGAUUACGGCAGGUCCUCCUGCCAAACUCAGGGUUCUCGAUAUUGAUCAUUCAGAGCCUUUGUCAGUUUACAAUGACACCAGAAUGCCAGUCCCACUCACAGUGCAGUUAUGUGAUAACCUUGGAAACCCUUCAGAUGAGCCUAAUGUUAAGGUGGUCCUGAACUGUGACAGGGGACUUAAGUUAACCCCAACACCUGGUGUUCAGAAGACAGACGGCAAAGGUCAAGCUUCAUUUGGUCAUCUCACUGUUGGUGCAGUCAGGGGGAUGUAUGGAAUACGAAUCAAAGCACUCCUGGGAAGAACAGCUUUAGAUGCACCAACAGUGAAUGUUAGAGUGGAGCCAGACCCUUCUAAAGCUGUCAAACUCACUGUCACAUUUGACUCAAAAGCUCCAUGUGUGGUGGGAGAAUUGUUACCAGUUGUUUCAGCUCAUGUCGUAGGAGAGGACGAAGCUGUUAUGAAAGCAGCGAGUGCUAAAGAUAUUGUUUUGAAGAUUUGGCACACAAAGGAUGGUGCGGUAUCUGACAAACCCCCACCUCGGGCUACAACUCUCUAUCCGUCAAAAAGAAAAGCAUCAGAUAAAGAUGGCGAAUUCUACUUCAGGGACCUGAAGGUGCCUGAUGUAUCUGGGCCAUACUGUAUGGUGAUACAGUUUGGAUCAGCAGGAGUCGUGACUCUCUCAAGUAAACCGAUCACGUUUACAGCAAUGCCUGGUCAGCCUGUGAAACUUGAACCAGAAUCCAUUCCAGCCACACCAACAGUGUCCAACACUCAGAGGACUAACAGCCGAACACUGGUGAAGACACUCAAGUUGCAGCUUAAGGACAAGUUUGAUAACCUGACCGGCGAAAAUAUCCGGGGUAAAGUUGUUAUCACAGUUAGUACUCCAUCCGAGGGUAUCGACGAGAUUCCCGCCUUAGCUGGGAAUGUGUACCGCAUGGAAGUACCCCUCCUCAAGGGUGUGGCCAAUGUUCACAACUUGCUCAUACAAGAAAAUACUGCAGGCAAAGAUGGACAAGAAUACUUGCUUAACUUUGACACUCAAAUCCCAGCUAAUGCCUCCCCUCAUCCUAUUCCGGCAUUUACACUGGCUUUCUUGUUCUACAAUGACGUCAGGAAACAACAGCAAAUGGCUCAGCUAACAAAAGAGAGAGAUCACUUAUUUGAAACGAUUCGAACUUACCGCCUUCUGUUUGAAACUACACGGCAACUCAUCAAUGAGAUGCAAGUUUCAGUACACGAGGCGUCUUUACACGAACAAAAGAUCAGAGGAGAACUUAAAAAGCAGAACAUUCCCUCCAGUUCCUUGGCAACGCCUGCAGCUGUGAUGUCAGCUAUAACUGAUUUGUCCAGGAAGCGGGAUCAGAUUGCCAGCACUCCGCGGAGACAAUGUCUCUUACAUCCGGGACCACGGGGAGACUCUGGUAUCCUGGGAAAGGUCGCUCAUUUAGCUCAAGUGGUGGAUGAUGACGUAGCGCGGGUGUUGUCUUGGCACAUGGCUUCAGAUAUGGACUGUGUCGUCACUCUUACCACUGAAAAGGCCAAGCAAGUGUAUCGUGACUCGAAUGGUCAGCAACAGGUUCUUCCCUUAGAUUCCAUUUUCAGACGAAGUUUGCCUGAAUGGAACAGACCACUGCCACACGUACGAGGCUCGAGUAACUACACUCCCACAGGGAACCCAGUGUAUGCUCGAGAUAUGCUGCUAUUCCCUGCAGAAGGAGAUAACUGCAAACUCGUUUUUGGUAUGUUGCUUGGCGAAACCUUGAUCCUUGAUGAUCUUGACUGUGCAAAUAAAUACAGACAAGAGGUUGUGAAGUACACUCACUGUCCAACAAUUCUGACAAGGAGUGGGGAUCGCAUCAGGAGUAACGGGAAGUUUGGUGGCCUUCAGAAUAAAGCUCCUCCAUUGGAGAGAAUGCGAGGUGCGGUGUUUGCUGCACCACUUCCCCUUGCUUUUCAUUCAUUUACAACACAAAUCGAACAACUACAGCAAUUUAAACAAGCCGUUCAGAAACAUGCUCAAGCCAAAGAGGAACUUUCUUUACAGCUACAGCACGGACAAACUGAGGAGAUGAAAGUUAAGCAUCGCGAGUGUAGAGAGGCAGAAACUCAACUACGCUUGAUUGAAGAGCGCCUUGGUAUGACACCAACACAGUACAAUAUGCCUCCAAGUCCUGCGACCAUGUUACUCACAGAGCUCAGCACACCACCAGCACGGACUGCUACCUCUCGUCGCGCAGGCGCACGAGCUGCAGCGGCCGCUUCUGCUUCUCCAACUUUGUCCAAUUCAGUUGUAAAUGGAACGAAUAACACCUCGGCAAAUACGAGUUCUCCACGAACAAGACGAGGUGCUUCUGUUGCUACUGAGGAAAUCCGUUCCAGCAAGCGCACGCGGAGAUAAAAAGAGAAGACUUUACACUAUUAUUAGUUUUUUUUUCUUUCUUUUUCUUUUUUUUUUCUGGCAAACGUUUUAAUUCUAUGCACCUAUUUUGUCCGACACAAACUUUUAAAUGAGCAAGAUGUAGUUGCUCAGUGAAUGUAUCAGCUGGCGGCACCGCAAACAUUCCUUUCAAAGAUGAAGAAUUGCCCCAUCUUGGCUGAGGGGUCCGAAAGGAGUUAAAUUGUUUCAACCCAGAAAUCCAGUCAUAACUUAAAAAUUGUUUGUUUUCAAUCCAAGCGCACCACAUUAAUCUACCCAUACACAUUAUUGUUCAAUAACCAGCAAUCACGUGUCUACGUGGCCCCGGUGGUUGUUCGAAGGGUGGAUAACGCUGUCUACUGGAUACAUCUCUAGUUGAUGGAGAGUGCAAUGCGUUUUACUAACACUUGUCCGUUGAACAGCCUUUUUCGCCCUUUAAACACCUGGAGCCUGAUAUUUUUUGAUUGGUUCUUAGUUUCCGAUUGUUUUUUGACUAGUUCUAAAUAACAAUAUCAAAUUGAGUUUAAUAUACCUCAUGUUAAAUUAUCCGUUGUACUCUCUAUGAACUUAAUAUCACUAUUUAUUUGAAUGCAUGAUGAUAGUUGCAUUGUAACUCAGUAGACCUAUAUGUAUAAUUUAUAUAUCGUCAACCCAAUAUUUAUUAACUAGUACAAUUCAGGGCUGUGUGUUUUCUAUCACUGUGGCUGUGAGUUGCACUCCUCUGUUCCUGUGCCACUGUUCCUUGGUGUUAGCAUUAGACGAAGUAGGACAGUGAGGCUGCUUGCUUGUUAGAUGCAUUUACACAUUUUUUUGGUGCUUUUUCACUAAGUUUAAUUCAUUUUUGUAACUCUUAAAGACAACAGUUUGGAGGGUUUUAUUAUAAUAAAAUAUAUGAUGCUCAAACAGCGUGAAACACUGAACUUUACGUAG